AUGUUUGCGGGCUUUACCUUCGAAGCUGCCUCCCGGCACCCGUCUACCAUGCAUGCACCUUCAAUGUAUACGGAGGCUCUGGUCUCCCCAACGUCAUCGCCGUGUGCCUGGGCUGCUCCAAACCGACCGCACACUCCCGCGGCAGACUCGAUGACGGAUUUGGCGCAGAGGUUCAACCAGUACAGCCUUGGCUAUAGCCAACGAGCCCAAUUCGAACCGCCGACGCCGCCAGACGAGGAGGACCUCGAGAUGGAGUUUCAGUAUCCUUCGCAGUCUCAAUCGCCAGUAGCCAGCAACUCCUCUCGUGAUUCGAUCCGCGCGCAAAGACAGCGACAUACUCGGAUGCAGUGCGACUCUCUCCACAUCAGAAGCAUUUCGUCGUUGGUGGAGAGAAUGGUGGAUGCCGGCGAGCAAUGUCGCGUAUGCUCAAGGUCCGGCUCAAGCGACGACGCAAUCGACUCAUCAUCCGAAGAAGGCGACGACUCUGACGAUGCCCGGACGCUCAGACGGGUGAGCACUUCAGCUGUGCCGUCGCAUAGCUUAAAGUACAAGCGGUCCGGCGACCUCUUCAAUACGCAGGCCGGCGUUGCGAAAGAGAUCCGCUUUCGGAGAGACCGACCACGGAAUCGUGCUGGCAGAAAGUAA